AUUAUUGCGCGCAGAAUUACGGAAGUCGUCGUCCAGAUGGCAGCACGAGUACAUGAGAAAUCGGACGGUAGAAGCAAGCGAUAUCAGUCGAUCGUUGACUGCGACCGCAUGAGGACGGUAGGGUCGACAGUCGCAUGCUAUCUCAACACGGAUCGGGAUUGGUCGACGGUUCUCCCGUAAGCCCCGCCUACCAGGUGGUCGUUCGAAAGUGUAGUUGUGUAGUUCCUUACGGCGAAACGACGGGCGCUGCUCUCUCCUUAACGUACCCAAUCGCGAGAAAAUCUGAAAUGAGACGUGUCGGCGCGCUAAUAUGUGACGGUUGAGAGGAAACGAGGACCAGGAACGUGUGAGAGGGUGGUUUAUGCGCGGGUGCUAACCACUUUCGAAGCGUGACGAGGAGAACGGAACCGCGUAAAGUAGUGGCAAAGGUGGAGAGCGUGGAAAAAAAAAAAAAGGAAAAUAUACUCCGAAGAAACGAGAAGACGCGUGUGUGCUAGAGCUACGGGGCAGUGCGAGAGAAUCCUCUAUUUCGGGGGGGGUUGUAUGUCUUUCUCUGUCUCUUUAACUUCUUUUUUUUUACCUUCCCUUCUGUUUCUCUCUCCGUCUUUACUCCGUUUGUUCCACGGGUGAGGAUAUAUCGUCGCGACAAGUGUUUUUCGCCGUAACGUAGCAUGCGACGCAUCGUAUCGCGGGGUUAAACGUAAAAAGUAACAAAAGGAAAAGAAGUGCUCCGUUUUAACCAACAAGGACGUCGUCAGCUGUGUGCGCUUUUACGAGGGGGACGGUGUGCGAGAGAGAACCCGCUGCUGAGAGACAGAGAAAUGGCGGCGCUGGUGGCAGGUGUCCAGUAUGGUUUGUCGUCGCACAGUAAUUUUCACGAAAACAAGUCCCUGAUCUUUGUGAAGCUCACCGACUCGGCGCAACGUGCCAUCGAGGACUUCCUAAGGAAUCGGAACAAGACCAGCCAGAACCCUACUAUACAGUUCCUAGGAAACGAAGGGCAACUCUCCUUUCCAUCCACGCAAUCCAGCCAUGGAUCGGCAGGCUUCACGUUCAGCCUUUCCGGCAACCAGGACAUCGAGGGUCCUCAGGGUGGCUUCGAAUGCAUCCAGCAGACCGGCCCCAAGAGUCUGGAGAGCCUUGGCGCAUUGCCGUGCAAAAUGCGGAUACAGGCGAACGACGACGUGUACGAGACAACCAGGCAUCGAAUGGCCGUCGCCGAGGAAAAUAACAAGAACAAAUGCACCAGGGUUAUCAAGCCAAACAGGCCGGACAUCGGGCGCAAGGUGAAGGUGAAAGCGACCGGAAGGCCCAUACCGUCUCCAUCGAAUUCGAGGCAUCGGGAAUCGACGAGCAUUCCAACGUUCGGCAGUCAGCCCAGGCUGUCUUCCUCCACUUACAAGCCAGCCAUCAGCAAUCCUCCGCCAGCCAGGAGUCAACCGGAGAAAAAGGUCUCCGACGUCAUGCGCAGGCCGUUGAAGGAGAGGCUGAUACAUCUUCUCGCUUUAAGGCCAUACAAAAAACCUGAAUUGUAUGAUCGCAUUAACAGAGAGGGUAUAAAGGAACGCGAGCGCAGCAUCAUGACGAUGAUUCUGAAGCAGGUGGCUUUCAUGAGGGACAACACGUAUCAUUUGCACAGGUAUGUUUGGAACGACGUGCAGGAAGACUGGCCUUACUACACCGAGCAGGAGAAGGCGAUGCUGAAGAGAAGAAAACCUCAGAAUCUUACUCCUCCUGGGUCCAGCGACGGUGGAUCUAGCGGUAGCGGACAGUCGCCGAAUUCCACUCACCCCGGCUCACCGCCAGCGAUCACGGCUCCGCCACCGUCUCUGAGCGCCAAACGGCCGGGCUACUACCAGGGUAACGACGGGCUGCCCACAAAGAAGCAACGGGUGUCUCGUUGCAAGAAGCCAGAGCCGAGCUCCGGUUCGACGAACCCCGGGGAGAACGGAAGGACGGCUGGUAGUGUUGGUAGUAGUAGUAGUAGUAACAGUGUUAGUGGAGCACCAGGCGGUAGUAGUGCUAGUGGCAGUGGUGGUGGCAGCGGUGUGAUUGACGGUUGGGACCAGAGGCAGCAUCCACGUGACCGCCGAGGCGAUUACAGGCCCGAAAGAACAGCGAACAGUGAUGUGCUACGGGGUGGCGGCUACGGAAGCGGCAAACCGUGCACGACGCCCACCAGUGACAGUGAAGAGAACAACCGGACCGGUCACCGCGACGUCGCCAUUAUCGGGACCUCGUCAGGGAGCAACGCAACCAGCAACGCGACCAGCAGCCAUAAUUCUCAUAGUAGUGUAGCCCAUAGUAACUCGUUGAGCGGCAGUCGUCACCACCAUGUCCCCAAGACGACGGCGGCCGGUCCUGAUAGUAUUACCAUCGCGACGGAUUUCGCGGCGCGUUCGAUGCCCAGUGCCGUGACUGACGGUGGUAGCACGGGUAGUAGUUACAGUGGUAGUUCGAACGGCGUGCUAGCCGACAGGAGAGACAGGAGCGACAGGAACGACAGGGGACGCGGAGGGGACAAGGAUCGGGAGUCGAAGAAGAGGAACAGCGGCACUAGCAGCAGCAACUCCUACAACGACCUGGCCGGGAACGGGGACAGCACCGUCACCACCUCCACCUGCAAUCUCGACUUACCGGAGAGCCCCAAAUCAUCGGAGUAUCCGGACUACCUCACGUACUACACGACAAUAAGCAGCGCAGAGCAAAGAAGACGUUACAAGGCAGAAUUCAACGCGGACUACGAAGAAUAUCGAAGGUUGCAUACUCAAGUGGCGAAGGUUUCUAAACGGUUCUCGCAACUCCAAGACCGAUUAAGACAAGAAGAGGCCUCUGGGAACUGGGAAGAAUAUCAGGGAAUAAGACAGCAGAUUCUGUACGAGUAUAACGAAACGAAACGGGACCCGGUACACAAGGAGACGAAACGUCGGUUUCACUAUCUGCACGAGAAGCUAAGCCAUAUCAAACGGCUGGUACUCGAAUACGAUACUCAAAACUGCGGCGGCAACAUGGUGACGGCGUCCGGGAACAGCGCAGACGGUAGCAACGAAAUGAAGGAGAUGGACAGUUUGCACUACUGACACAAACUGAAAAGGCCGCCUCUUAUCCUCCACCUUUUCUCGGUUGUCGGUACACUGCUGUCUCCGUUGUCGCAGAAUUUGCAUUUUCUCGGCAUGUUCCAAGGCUGAUCUAAAACGGUCCACAUGGUUCCUGGGUUCUAUCGCCGAAAAAUAAAACACACACACACACACACAGUCAAGCACUCUGAGAGCCGGGGUCGAAAAAGAUGUUCACAUCAUCCGCAUCGCAAGAGAAACGAAAAAAUGAAAAAAUAUGAAAGAAACCUUCAACGCUGUUAAUAACCGCCCCCCUCCCUGGUCAGGUCGAAGAUUUCUCGGUUAAUUGACACAACGAUCUCUUCGACUUGCGCCCGUGUUUGUCACACGCCUACCGUUGACCAAUGGGUUUAACCACUGACGAAGCCUUUACGACAAUCGGUACGUUUGCAAACAAACAAACAAGCAACAUCAUCAACUGUUUAAAAAAAUGAAAAACAUGCAAAACGAAAGGAAACAAAAAAGGAAACAAAAAGUCCAUCCGUAUAGAGAGGAAACGAGAAAUAAGGGCAUUCGCGGAGAGCCGGUUACAAUAACGCGCCAGCUGAAAGUACGAAGACGUAUUUUUUUUUUGAUUUUUUUUUUUUUAAAGCUGUCCUCCGACGAUAGGGAAGAUAAUAGGAACGACGAUGAAAGGCAAUGAAGAGAAUGCAGUAAUUAACUCUACGAUAAGUUACUUACCCGUGCGCACGUCCAAAGUGUGUCGUCCAGUUUAAGAGUACGUAGAUUAAUGAAACAAAAAGUAAAAAAGAAAAAAAACGAUGCAAUGCGAAUGCGAGAAGAGGGUCCAAAAAAAAAAAUGGUAGUAAAAGGGCUUAAUCACGUGCCACGUCCGGAGGAGAGACUGUACUUCCAUUUUUCCGCCGGAAGGAGAAAAGGGAGACUAGCACACACAGACUGUCCACGAGCCCGCCUGCGAGGAUCGUCUGCGAUUGAUCCAGCGGGGCGUAGCUCGCCAUUUUCUUUCCUUCAAUUAUUUUUUUUUUUCUCUUCGUUUAAACGUUUCCGUAUUUUUCGUGUUUUCCCUUCGAGAAAGAGUAAAGUGGAUCCGAUAUAUAGUUUGUCGCAAGAGAGAGAGACCUUUACGCUUCGCGAAUGUAAAACCUUUGUUACUUCCUCGUUCAGCGGCGUAACCAGCGUAUCCCUGGGGCCCGUGGAAUGAAAAAUGAACGGUGGAACAAGCAAUCCGAGGUUCGAGUAAUAUUACAGAGGAAUCGCCAACGGAACCUGCGAUCAAUAUUCGAUAGAUUGAACCAAAUUUCUAUCUGAGAUAUUACAGGGCCUCGACAUCCACCAUUUAUCGGACGUGCGUCUGCAAACAGCCACGUUCGCAAUUUUAAAACAAUCAAAGAUCAAUCGAUACCGCGUUCCUUUCUGUUUGUUCGUCUGGGGCCCCUGAAGUUAAUCAAUGAUAUAUCCGUAGUUGCGCCGCUGUCCCUCGUUCUUUGUUUUCUUCACUACGGCCCGCUCCUGUGUCGCGGACUCGGGCUACCUUUACUAGCAGAGAGUUGGCACAACUUGAGAAUCGAUCGCGCGAAAACGGCAGACAUGAAGAAAGGACGAAACAUGAUUGCUAAGGACUCAGUUUUAUUUUUGUUCUUUUUUUUUUUUAGAAAUACCUGCCAUAAAGUGAUAUAUUAACCGAGCAAAUCAACCGAUCGCGCCCCGGUUCGUUGAACUUCUGUCAGCGAUAGGCGAGAGAGGCAGGGACUGCGUCGAUAGUCGAGGGUCCCAAACCCCCCCCCAGGUCCCUACCGAUUCGCGCGAUUGCUCUUAGUGAUUCCGGUUCUGUAUAUCGUAAACGCUAGGGUAAACCCAUUUUUUACUAUUUCAAGUUAGUCAUUGAAAGGGAGAAUGCUCAGCGCCAUCGUCAUCGAUACUGCAAAGAUUUUACACGCGGCAACAUGAAAAUACAAAAAAAAAAAAGAAAAAAAUGAAAGAAACGAGAGAGAUGAAAUGAAACGAAGUGGUAUGAAUAUAUAUUGAAACGUACAGGUUUCAUUUAGUAAUUAUUAAUCGUCGCCGGCGAUAUAACAUAUUAGUAUACAAUGUACAGGUGCGCCAAUUUUCUUCGCGUGCAAGUAAUACCUUCUUCGUGUAAUUAUUAUUAUGGCGAUGAAUACUAUUAAUAUUAUUAUCAACGCUAUUGCUAUUAUAUUAUUGUUCGGAUAGAUAGGUAGGAUAAGUAAACGCGAGAGCUACGUUAGGACCUAGAACUCGUACGAAGACGAAUGAGGAGAAAUGAUGUUAGAUAUAUACGGGGUGAUUCGUAACUGUGCGAUCGAUACUUCGGAUGUUAUAUAUCGGAGCACGAAACAAGGAAAAAUAAUGUUAAUGGAACAUAGGAUAGCAAGGGUUUAUUACCUCUUAAGUUACGAUACGUUGCAGGAAAACACGCUACAGACGUUUAUUUAGAUUUAUUUUCAAUUUCUAAACGAUUUGGAUUUAUUUACAGUUUUAUAAUAUACAGCCGUGUUCCAAAGUAUUGCGCACAUGUAUUACGUAUUCUCUGCGAACCACUUCUCAAUUUUCUUUGAAGUAUGACAAAGAUCGGUGUCUCGUCGAAGAAUAUAGUCCUCGUAUUCCAAUUCGAACGUGCAAUGCAGAAUCGUCGUAUUCAUUCGACCAUAACAUAUAUGAUACUUCUCCAAUCUCCGAAACUGUCUUAGAGCACCAGAUCACGAUACUUCCACUACCAUAAUACACCAUAGAUAUAACAUAAUCGGAAUAAUAGAUUUUUCUAAUCUUAUAUUUUGUAUGUCAUGGUUCACGUUUAACAUAAUCUAAGAAAAAAUUAAUAAAUUCUUUUAUAAGUCUAUAACGUAUCAAAUACGAUAAACAUUUCAAAAAACAUUCAUGUGCAUCUUAAUCCUAAUGUCCAAUAGCACACAUAUACUUCAAAGUUCUACGAGAAAUACUUUCGAACACCACUGUAUUUACAGAUAAAGAAAUUGUAAAAUUUCUUUCCUACCAUCCAUGAGAUUAAGUACGCUGCUCAAAGUAAUUAGGGGCCACUAAAACGACUUCAUCGCUUAGUACGUUAUUCAAUAUUUUAAAUACUCUGACACGUGGCGUAUAUGCCAUUCAGCAAAAAAAAAAAAAAAAAAUAGUACUAUUUUAACCGUACAGUACUUCUUUCAUCUCUGCAGUUUGAUUCGUUCCACCCAUAAACGUGAGCCCCUAAUCCUAUCGAGCGGUACAUUGGGCAUUCUGUGAUCGAAUGCUUAUCACCUCCUCCCUGAAGUGAUAAAACGAUUGAGGACUGAAUACACACAUACUCCAACUAUGAAUACGCGUACAACAUAGUGUUUCUUUUUUCUUUUCUUUUUUUUUUAAUGAAUAAGUCACAAAAUGCUUCUUUCCUUUUAAUUCGAUAUAAACUGUGAAAACAAAUCACGAGUAAUAUAUUGCGUAACGUAUUUUUCUUGUUUCACAAUCCAGAUCCCAGAUUCACUCUCCGAAGUAUCGAGGCGCGAUCGAACGCCACCCUGUACAGCCAAUGUUUUCCAUUGAAUGUGUAACGAAAGUUUAUGACGUUAAUGUUUCUGAUGUCCUUUUAAUCUUUCGCUAUAUAUAUAUAUAAUAUAUACGCGCGUUUUAUUAUUAUUACUAUUGUUCUUGAUUGCGUUUUUGUUUUUUAGUCGACGUUGCCUUUUAAAUUCGUAUACGAUACGAGUGUCUUUCUUGGUUGUGCCGUUUUGUUUCACAUUCAAUAAGCAUUUGCACUUGGACGAGCAAGUUUUGUGAUAGGUGAUGAGAGACGACGGAAGAAGGAACUUCGGUUCGCGUCGAUUCGGUAUAGCGCGCACUGUGUUUCGUUAAAAUAUGGACGCAACUCGGGGUUACGUAAUUCAAAGCACAAAAAUAAUGCGAAAUAGUUCGAGCAAGCAUUUAUCGUGUCUGGCUAUGUUUUCGAGCGACAGGUAUUUUUGUAUAGCACCGAUUGUUCGUGCAUCUUCCAUAGGAAAGAAUCGGUAAACGUUUCAACGUGUACGUGUAUUUCGAAGAGGAUCGAAAAAUUGGUGGAUUCAUGAAAUAUUACAAAAAUAUUUAUAAUUAGUAAGAGCAUGACAUCGAGUAGUCAGGGGAAAGGAAGAGAUGGCCUUCGAUAGACGAUUAAUAUCGUUUGAACGUUAUUGAAAAGCUAAAACGCCUCCAACUCGACAGCGACGUCAAAUGGGAUAAAUAUUCAUAAGAACUUAAUUAAUUAUUUUCGUGCAACGAAUUCACCUGGCUCUGAAAUUACGCCCAAAUUUUGGAAAACAGCCUGGUAUCGCGCGUACAUCGUCAAUCACAGAGAAAAACAUCGUAUAGAGCUAGAGAACCUAGCGUACUAGCCGUGCACGUGAAUGAUAACGACGAAACGACACGUUCCCAAUUAAUUAACUAAUCACGAGCUAAGCGAUUGAAUAAUCCACGAUACCGUACAUCCAUAGUUCUUAAACGAUAAGGUUUUUACACUCUUACGAUACAAUUUUAAACGAUACUUCUUCCCGCAUGCGAUCAAUAAUCUCGAAUCGACCACGAUUGCUCGCAAUCGUUUCUUUAUUUACACUUUUCUUUUUACCUAUUACGAGUCGCUCUCCACCCCUCACCCUCCCCCAGCGUAUGCGAUGGAAAUCUAAGAAUGCGACUUUAUGUUAUUUAAACCGUUUCUCUUUCUUCUUCCUUUUUGCGCAUUUCGUUUAAGCAUGUGAACCACGUUUAACUAUUAAUCUUUUCUUUUUCUUUUUUUCUUUUUGUUCCCUUUACCUCUAUUCGUUUACUGUGUAUGCUUGGUAGAAAAUGUAGAAUUUAGGAUACGACGAUUAUCAGUGAUUCCAAUUGUCGUCGACGGUUUUACGUUUUGACAUGUUGCCAAUUAGGUGACGAGACGACGGUUCGAUAGUGAUUUGUACAGAACGAAAGUGGUUCCCCUGUUAUGUUUUCGUUUUCGCUGAAAUUCUAUGUCGCGCACGGACACGGUCACGUUGCGCUUUUAGUUCUCGCUUUUAUCCAAGCCGCCCCCCCCCCCCCCCCACAGGCAUUAUUUAUAUAAAAAAUUCGCCCGGGUACGAUAGAUUUCGCACGUUCGCGGCAACGCGGCGAUCACAUCGAGCAAAAAAGACACUUUUAGUCAUGGUUCCUCGGAGUGUUUCUUUUUCUUCUUUAGAUCGUUAACGGUUCGAAAUUUCCAUGCGAUUAUCGAAAUUUGGUUCUGGUCAAGUCGACGGUCGUUUCGUUUAUUAAUUUCAACGUCGUCUCCCCAUCCUCCCAUUUGUGUAACGAAUUAAAGCAAAGGAAAAAAAAAAAGAUAAUACGUUGUUUUGUAUCGUUUACGCUCUUUACAUAGGAUUUCGUUUGUCUCCGUCUACUGUGCAAUGUAUCUCGGCUCGUUACGUUCCGUUGAUUAGAGUAACGUCGAUCGAACGAAAUGUGUACGUCGUCCAAAGGUUCCGCGUAGAUGCGUUUAGAUUAUUUUUCGUGAAACGUCGAUAGCGGAUUUCACACGGUCGAAUCAGAUGGUUUAUAAUCAUUGAGAAACGCCUGGAGAGAGAGAGAGAGAGAGAGGAAAUUUUAACCGAGCGCUUCUGGAAUGCAUGGCACAGUAUUGACAAGUCCCCACCCCCGCAAACCAAUUGCAACGAAUUUAACGAAAUGCAAAGCACACAGGAAAGAACGUCAGGAUAACUAUGCUAACCUAUUUAUAUAUAUAACUAUAUCUAUUAUAAGUAAAUAAAUAUAAAUAUAUAUAUAAAAUCGUAUAUGUACGAUUAUGGAAUCUAUCGUGUGUGUGUUCAUAGGUAAAUUGAGAAUUGUAAAAUCGAAAUAACGUCGUCGGAAUAUAUGGGUUGUAAUUAAAGGUACAGGAAUUGGUUAAUAUAUUUCGUUGUUAUGAAUCGGACUAUGUUCCGAUUUGUAGAUAUAAAUAAUAUAGGUAUCCUAUUUUUUGCUCACUUUUUCCUUGCAUUUACAAACGACAACAAAAAAAAAUACAAGAUAUGUAAUAAAAAUUAUGAAAUAUUGACUCAUGCGUGUUUACUUUCAUUCUCACUCAUUUACACUCUCGACCGUCUUUUUUUUUCCGUCUCUUUGUUUUUGUUUUUUUUUUUUUUGUAGUGAAAAAAUCGGCGAGUAACGGGGGAAAACGAUACGUACGGAAAACGUUCAAGUUCGACGGAAAAUACGAGAGAGAAACGAAAAAAAAAGAGCAGUCAUGGAAAAAGUGGAGAAAAAUAAAACGGUUCCCGUCCGUCAACAACACUGUCAUACUGUGCCAUACAUAUCCACUUCGGUGUACGAUGGUUCAGUAGGAAAAAGAAAACUUUUCCAGUAAACUUUUGUGUGACGUUCACGCGUAGAUCGCCAGUGCCGAGGAAAAUUAUAAAUUCAACGAUGCACGUCGCAUGGAUCUUCGCCUGAACUAAUUCGAAACAGUGUCCGUUAGAGCUGUUUUGCUGGUGUAUUAAAUUCACAUUCUUUAAGGUUUUUUUUUUUUCUAUUUUUGGUGGGGACUAAACCACUCGAUAAAGUAUUCGUUAAGUAUUUGUUAACUAAGCAAAAGUUUUGUAUAAUAAGUGAAGAAAUUUUACUUAGGUGCUCUUAUGCUUUACUCGUAGUUUCAAAUAUCGAUUAAUUUUCUAAUACUAAUUUCAAAAAGUAAUAAUUCGUUGUAUGAUUAAAAUUCAAGCGAUAGAACAAAAAUGUAACGAUCGGAAAAUUCGUAUUGAAAUCUCAGCACAAGAAAAUGGUUAAUUAAUUUCUUUUUCCCUUCGAUUAGCUUACGCAUGAAACUCUAACGGCACUGUUCUAUCGAUCUACCGAACAAAUCCCUCACACUUUGGAAAACUUUGGCCUCCGAUUUCGCAACGUCGCAUAAAUAGCAUUAAAUUUUGCAUGCAAUUCAUGUGUCUAACAUCAGUGGCAAUUAACAUGUGUUAACCCUUUCGCCGCGCAAGAGCGCUCAAUGCAAACCAAACUAUAAUUACUUUGAUCGCUAUCAAAUAUUUCGUCAUUCGCGAGUGUUUCGAUGAUAGAAUAAGAGUUACCGAUUGCAUGUGAUUCAUAAAUGUACCCAUAUAUCUUUCUCAAACGAGUGUACGUGUACAGGGUGCUCUAAAAAAUUGGGAAGAGAAUUUAGAGCCAUAGUUUUAUUUUAGUUUCAUUGUGGUUAGGAAAGUAAAAAUUAUAACGGGAAGAAAUCAAGAUACAAAAAUUUUGUUCACAAAGCGAUACGAAAAUGGAGAAGAAAAUUGAAGAAGAAAAUAAAAUAAGGAAUUUGGAUUUAGAAAAUGCCUUACUUUGUUUUCUGUUUGACAAAUAAAAGGAUGGAAUCGUAUUGUACUCUUCUAAAAUAUACAAGAAAAUGUUAAAUUAAUGAAAUGAUACUUCUGAACAAUAUAACAUGAUGUUUUAUAUAUUUCUGGAUUUGUGGACGUCCUCGUAUACUUUCUCACAUUUUCACUUGCUAUAAAUGAAUAAACCUCUAGUGAUUACAACACAAUACGAGACUUUGAGAAACCAAACCCAUCAACUUUAUGAAAUUCAAAGUAAGAGAGUCGAUUCAUCUGUCGAGAGACUUAUGCCUCUAUUUUCCUCAACCAAUCUUUUCGUAUCACCCCGCGUACGUCGCUCACGAGGCAAUGAUCGAACAGUAUCGGUUAAGAGUGUAAAAGAUUUGUCGAUUGUUCCGAGAUUCUCGACGAUUGCGUGUACACGCGAGCAAGCUAUCUCUCGAUGGCCCAGAUCGGCGAACAGAGUAAUAGCAGUGCCAAAGAGACUGAGUUGAACGACAUUCGCGUUCAGGCAGAGAUGGGCAAACAAUUCUUGCGCAAAUAAACAUUUCGAAUAACGAAUAAAAGAUUGGCCACAGUUCAUUCGUUGCUCGUCGAACAAAAAUGACAAUUUGAACGAAGGAGUAAAAAUCGUGACUGUAUUCGAUAACUUUGUUUUCGAAAACAAUUGAUUCGAUAGCAGAGCAAUCGUUUUCGAAAAACAAAUUCUUGAACGCAGCUAUGAUUUUCACGCGUCCAAGGUGGCUUCUCCCCUUAAGUACUUCAAUUUUUAUGGAAUCAACAUCGCGAAUGAAUCGCUAUAUGUUGAUUUUAUCAGUUAUCUAUUGCUCGAAUAAAAUUUCGCCCCUCUCUGUAUUCGAUGAAGAUAGUAGGAGAUACUAGGUGUUCCAAGUGCGACUUAAGUAAACGAUUGCAAUAAACGUGCUUCUAGUGUACGCCGCAUUUCUAAACGAGAUUCGACGAUUAUUCGAAGAUAAAGAACCUCCCAGGCUUGUAUGUACGACGACAGCGGAGAUGGGCAAAAUAGAAAGAAAGUUUAGUUAGGAGUCUGGAUAGAAAGUUUCAAAUAACUACUCGUCACUCUUCGAAUGAAAAUAAAAAUCAGGAUCUUGGAAUGAAAUGUUUCACAAGUAAAAUAAAAAUUGAAUUAAUCGAUCGAAUAAAUCGCGAUAGAUAUGUCGGAUUUACUAUUUAGAUUUUCAUCGAUAUCAAAUUUUGUAUAACGAAUAGGAGAUAAACAAUGGUCGAUUAAAUGGCCAUAUAAACCAUAAAAUUAUAUUUCACGUUCAACGAAUAACAACUUAUAAUAAUAAUUGUUCGAUCGAAUAAAAUAUUGCUAAUAAAUCGUUGUACAGACUUUCCA